AUGGCCUCUAACCCGACGAGCGUCAAUGGCUCCGAGAGCGAGUUCGAGUUCAUCGAGACGCCUAAAGCUCCGACGCCCACAUUCGAGAAAUUCGAAGAGUGCGGUGUGAGGACGACUUCUUAUCCAGCUAUCAAGAAUGCGCCUCUCCCAGCAGAUGCCGCCGGCAACACUAGCUUCUCCAACCUCCUCCUCUUCGGACUUAUUACAAUUGUACCAACAUACAUGUCGUUCAAGGUUCGCGGUGGAUUGAAGACCUCCCUGUUCUUCGGACUCUUCACCACAAUCCCCAUCCUGAUCGGUUUCUGGUUUGUGGCUUCGUCGUACAGCCCUCGCAAGAAUGAGAAGGCCAAGUACCCAGGUCGUCCCGUCGAGCAUUAUCUUACCUUCAAGAAAGAAGCCGAUAAGGCCACGUACCACGGACAAAACAAGAUUCCUAUGGAGACUUUCUACGCUAUGUACUUUGACGGCGAUGUCGAGUUUAACGGGGAUGCUUUGGAGGUCCUGGAAUACAGACACGACUGGGCCAGCUUUAGGUUUACUCUGGGCUUGGUCAAGCAUGUCUUUUUGGUCUUUGCGCCAGAAGUCAUUAUGCACACCAGAUCUCAGGAUGAGGAGCAGGUUCGCGACCACUACGACCGAGGCGACGACUUCUACGGAUGGUUCUUGGGCCCGCGCAUGGUUUACACUUCUGGUAUCAUCUCCGACAAGAACCAGGAGGAGACUCUCGAACAGCUCCAGGAUAACAAGCUUGCCAUCGUCUGCGAGAAGAUCGACCUCAAGGAGGGUGAGACCCUUUUGGAUAUCGGCUGCGGAUGGGGAACUCUUGCCAAGUUUGCCAGUGUCAACUACGGCGCCAAGGCCACUGGAAUUACUCUUGGUCGCAACCAGACUGCCUGGGGAAACAACGGACUGCGAAAGGCCGGUAUCUCUGAGGAGCAGAGCAAGAUUCUCUGCAUGGACUACCGCGAUAUCCCAGUCCCCGAAGGCAAAUACCAGAAGAUCACCUGCCUCGAGAUGGCCGAGCACGUUGGCAUGCGUCAUCUGACUCCAUUCCUUCAACAGUGUAACGACAUGAUGGACGACGACGGAGUCUUCUUCCUCCAAGUUGCUGGGCUGAGAAAGAGCUGGCAGUACGAGGAUCUUAUCUGGGGUCUUUUCAUGAACAAGUACAUCUUCCCGGGAGCCGACGCUUCAUGCCCACUCAACAACUACAUCAGCGCCGUCGAAAGUGCCGGAUGGGAGGUCAAGACCAUUGAUACCGUUGGUGUACACUACUCUGCCACUCUCUGGAGGUGGUACCGAAACUGGCUCGCCAACCAGGACAAGGUCAAGGCCAAGUACGGAAACAGAUGGUACAGGAUCUGGGAAUUUUUUCUCGCCUAUUCUACCAUCAUCUCCCGCCAAGGAGGAGCUGCCUGCUACCAGAUGACCUUGGUCAAGAACCUCAACUCCACUCACCGCAUUGAAGGCAUCGACACGCAGUUCUCGCUUAGUGGGGCUCUCAACGCUGCUAAGGCUGCGGGCAAGGCCGUCUUUCCUAAGAACGUUGAGAAGGCUCUGAGCUGA